CUACGAGACAGCCAAAGACGAAUUCGAAAUCGCCACCGAAAGCACGGACGCGGCGACGAUCUACGCGGCCUCGGACCGGGAGGCGGCGCGCGACGCGCUGAACGAGCUGCUGGCGGUGUACACGCUGUACACGCGGGACGUGUCGCUGCUGGACGCGGCGGGGCGGUCCGGGGUGGAGAAGCUGCUGGGCGCGGCGGGCGGGGAGGAGGAGGUGCGGAUCGACACCGGGUUGAAUCCGCAGGGAAUUGAGGAUGGGGUGCGGCAGGAGGUGCGGCGGAGGGUCGGGCAGCGGGUGCGGGAGUUGAAGGGGGCGGUUGAGGGGUUGGAGGAGAGGGCGGGGGAGGAAUAAAUAUACCAGAAAAGGUUACUAUGAUGCUAUGGGUUGGUUGUUAUGGGGUACUGGGGUACUGGGGAUUAUUCCUAUAUCCAUUCUAGAAUACAUCCAGACCGUUCAGAAGUUC